AUGAUCAACCCUAUCAUCCCGAUGCAAGUACGUGUGCACUCGGAGACCGGGUUGUCAACGCCCGGUCCGAAACAACAAGACGCACGUCAAAAGGAUGCAAGCACGCAUUCCAAAACGACAUCACCAAGCUUGACCGUCGGCCACGCCGAGAAACCUCAAUCCCAACAAGAAAGUCGGCAAUCGUCGUCAUUGCGAAGCGAAGCAGAAGCAGAAGGGGAAGACGACGAGAAGAAGCUAAAUUAUGCGGUUUUCGUCAGCGGUGAUAGGCUCGAAACUACAUACCCAGAGCUUUCCGAACAGAUGCCCCGACAUCCGACUCCCGGCUUCCGCGCCGUUGCGUCGCUCUUCUUCUCCAUCUCCAGGCUCCGUCUGCGGUGCGGCUUGCUCUACGGGGUACGGGGGAGGCCGACGGAACAGCCGAGGACGACAGUGUAA